AUGGCUGUAUUCAUAUUCAUCAGUCUGAUAGAGACACCAACAUCAGAAGUAGAGGACCUCAGGCAAUCAAUCGACUGGAGUAGCGAUGAUUUUGAGACAAAUCUGAAAAAGAAGAAUCUCAUUGUCGAGUUCUACGGAAUGCGCUGCCAGAGCUGUAACAGUCUAUACAGCAUACUGUGGAAGUUGAUGGGCAGCCAGGGUGUAGCCAGUACCAGCCUUGCCAUUGGGGCCAUAAACUGUUCCACUUACGAGCCAUUUUGCAUCAGUAAUAAUGUCACGACCUAUCCGACUCUACUGUACUUUGAGAGGAACGAUGGAGUGCCAAAGAAAGCGUACAACAUGAGCGCCUUUAUGCCCGGGAAAAGUCUCGUAAAAAAGGAAGUUGAACAGCAAAACGACAAGUCCGAGGGCUCCAAGCUGCGUAUUCUGUCUGGCCAUAAAGCAGGUGUGGAUUGA